AUGCUUCGAUCAUCAAGCCCUAAACAAGGAAUUAGUGGUGCCUCAACCGUUUCAUUAAACUAUGUCCCUUCUAAUAAAUACAUUAUGCACUUAUAUCAAACAAAAAAAUACACCAUCAACUUUGAUGGAAAAGCAAUUGAAACCACAGUCGCUAACACAUACACCAUUGUAGAUCGUUGGGUUCAAGAAAUCAUCACUUUGUAUGCAGGAACAAAUUAUUCUCGCUACAAGAACAACAAAACCGCAACAUUGCAACUUUGUAUUGAUGACAAGUGCCUUAUCUUGCAACUCUUCCACGUUUUCAAGCUGCCACUUUUACUCAAGAACUUCCUCAUGAACCCUACUUUCACUUUUGUGGGUGAUGAGGUUGCUGAUGAUAUUUCUAAGAUUAGAAAUGAGUAUGGUCUUAAUUGUGGUUCUCAUGCUGAUAUUAGAGAGCUUUCAAGUAAGAAGUGGCCAAAUAGGUAUUAUGAUGGGAACUCAUGGCUAGGGCUGAAGAAACUUGCUUUGGAUUUGGUUGGUUUGAACAUGUUGAAGCCUUUGCAUAUUUUUGAAAGCAAUUGGGAAUCUAGGUUUUUGAGCAUUGAACAAGUUGAGUAUGCUUGCAUUGAUGCCUACGCUUGUUACAAGAUUGGCCACAAGCUUCUCAAGAAUGGUCGAUCAUGA